AUGACUAGAAUUUUCUUGCGUUAUUUUAGGGGGGUAAAGGAGGUAGACGCUAAAUGGAUCGGAUGGGCCGGUGUAAAUGUGCCCGAUGAAAUUGGGCAGAGAGCUCUUACAAAAGCUCUAGCUGAAAAGAGAUGCAUUCCAGUUUUCCUUGAUGAGGAAAUAGUGCACCAAUAUUACAAUGGAUACUGUAACAACAUCCUAUGGCCUCUCUUCCAUUACCUCGGACUCCCUCAAGAAGAUCGAUUAGCCACAACCCGUAGCUUCCAGUCUCAGUUUGAUGCAUACAAGAGGGCAAACCAGAUGUUUGCUGAUGUUGUCAAUGAGCACUAUGAAGAGGGGGAUGUUGUUUGGUGCCAUGAUUAUCAUCUAAUGUUUCUUCCCAAAUGUUUGAAGGAAUAUAACAGCAAGAUGAAAGUUGGAUGGUUUCUUCAUACACCAUUCCCUUCUUCUGAGAUUCAUAGGACUCUUCCAUCUCGUUCGGAUUUGUUGAGAUCUGUUCUUGCGGCUGAUUUAGUUGGAUUUCAUACAUAUGAUUAUGCAAGACAUUUUGUAAGUGCCUGCACUCGUAUUCUUGGACUCGAGGGCACACCAGAAGGAGUGGAAGACCAAGGGAAGCUGACUCGAGUGGCUGCGUUUCCCAUUGGAAUAGAUUCUGAAAGAUUUAAACGUGCUUUGGAGCUUCCAGCUGUGAAAGAACAUAUCAAUGAGUUGAAACAGAGAUUUUCUGGCCGAAAGGUCAUGUUGGGGGUUGAUCGACUUGACAUGAUUAAAGGGAUUCCACAAAAAAUUCUGGCCUUUGAGAAGUUCCUUGAGGAAAAUUCAUUUUGGCGGGAUAAAGUAGUCUUGCUUCAGAUUGCUGUUCCUACUAGAACUGAUGUUCCAGAAUAUCAGAAACUUACCAGCCAAGUUCACGAAAUUGUUGGACGUAUAAAUGGCCGGUUCGGGACACUGACUGCUGUUCCUAUACACCAUCUGGAUCGCUCCCUUGAUUUCCAUGCAUUAUGUGCUCUGUAUGCAGUGACUGAUGUGGCACUUGUGACGUCAUUGAGAGAUGGGAUGAACCUCGUAAGCUAUGAGUUCGUGGCAUGCCAAGGUUCAAAAAAAGGGGUCCUCAUUCUAAGUGAAUUUGCAGGUGCAGCACAAUCUCUUGGAGCGGGUGCGCUCUUGGUAAAUCCGUGGAAUAUCACGGAGGUUGCUAACUCAAUUGCCUACGCGUUAAACAUGUCUCCUGAUGAAAGAGAGAAGCGAUUUAGACAUAAUUAUGCUCAUGUGACAACACACACAGCCCAAGAUUGGGCUGAAACUUUUGUUAGUGAACUUAAUGAUACUGUUGUCGAAGCACAGCUUAGAACAAGACAAGUUCCACCUUUACUUCCGACUGGGAUUGCAAUCGAACACUAUUUGCAGGCCAAGAAUCGAUUGCUCAUAUUGGGUUUCAAUGCAACACUGACUGAAUCUGUUGAGUCUUCUGGAAGAAGAGGCGGAGAUCAAAUUAAAGAAAUGGAGCUUAAACUACACCAUGACCUAAAAGGUCCUCUGACAACGCUUUGCCAGGAUAUAAAGACAACUGUUAUUGUACUAAGUGGAAGUGACAGAAGUGUCCUAGAUGAUAAUUUUGGGGAAUUCAAUAUGUGGUUGGCAGCAGAGAAUGGUAUGUUUCUGCGUCUAACUGAUGGGGAAUGGAUGACAACAAUGCCGGAGCAUCUGAACAUGGAUUGGGUUGACAGUGUUAAGCAUGUUUUCGAGUAUUUCACGGAAAGAACGCCUAGGUCUCAUUUUGAACAUCGUGAGACAUCACUAGUGUGGAAUUACAAAUAUGCAGAUGUUGAAUUUGGAAGGCUUCAAGCAAGAGAUAUGCUGCAGCAUCUAUGGACAGGCCCAAUUUCUAAUGCAGCAGUUGAUGUUGUCCAGGGAAGUCGAUCAGUUGAGGUCCGAUCUGUUGGAGUGACAAAGGGUGCUGCAAUUGAUCGAAUAUUGGGUGAAAUAGUUCACAGUAAAAGCAUGGUUACUCCAAUAGACUAUGUUUUAUGUGUCGGGCACUUCCUUGGAAAGGAUGAGGACAUAUACACAUUCUUUGAGCCAGAGCUCCCAUCAGAACCUGUAACUUCCAUGAGAUCAAAGAUAGCUGAUGCGGUCAAAGCAUCUGCAGACAAGAAGUACAUGGGAAAACCUACAAGCAACAACAAGAACAGUUCAAAAUCAUUCCACAACAAAACUCACAAAUCUACUCCAUUUGGAUCCUCGGACAAGAGAACAUCAUCGUCAUUGGUAAACAAUCACCAUAACCACUCAAGCGGGUGGCGGACCCCACAAGAGAUCAUAUCCUGGCAUGAGGGAUCCUCAGUUCUUGAUCUCAAAGGCGACAACUACUUCUCUUGUGCUGUUGGUAGGAAGCGCUCAAAUGCAAGGUAUCUCCUUAACUCAUCCGAUGAUGUUGUCAUGUUUCUAAAGGAAUUGGCAGAGGCUUGCGGUCGAUCUUCCGGAGCUCACUCUAAUGGUACCUGAUGAUAGAGAAGUGUAGAGCCUUAACCUCUUUGGUCCGCGUUGAUGUUCAUUAAACUUUUUCUAUUUGUCUAAUGGUGCCUGAAUGAUAAGCCAAUAGUUAGAAAAUCUGUACAUGAUAUUCAAUUAUAGAAGGGUUAUGAAAGUAAUGAUAUCAGAUGCAAUAUCCAGCUCUUUGAUUUCCUCCGACAGCUUGUUACAAGCAUCAAAUUGUGCAGAAAUGCGGAUUUAUGAGUGUGAAAUGAGGUUCCCGGUUUUUAUUUCA